GCAAAACACUACUACUGUGAUCCUUGCUCGAGAAACACCGUUACUGACUACUUGUCGAUAGGGAUAUUAAUCAAUUUUUUUCAUUUGAGACACAUUAUUUUUGUCUCAUACAAUUUUAGGUGAAAAUGCGUGAGUGUAUUUCUGUUCACGUCGGCCAAGCCGGAGUUCAGAUUGGUAACGCUUGUUGGGAGUUGUACUGCUUGGAGCAUGGAAUUCAGCCUGAUGGUCAAAUGCCCAGCGAUAAGACAGUCGGUGGAGGAGAUGACUCCUUCAACACAUUCUUCAGCGAGACUGGAGCAGGAAAACACGUUCCUCGCGCCGUCUUCGUUGAUUUGGAACCAACUGUAGUCGAUGAAGUCCGCUGUGGUACCUACAGACAGCUUUUCCACCCUGAUCAGUUAAUGACUGGUAAAGAAGACGCCGCUAACAAUUAUGCUCGUGGACAUUACACCGUUGGGAAAAGCAUCAUCGAUCAAGUUCUCGAUAAGAUAAGAAAACUGGCUGAUCAGUGCACAGGCUUGCAAGGUUUGCUUAUCUUCCAUUCCUUUGGUGGUGGCACUGGCUCUGGAUUCACUUCAUUGCUCAUGGAGCGGCUGUCUGUGGACUAUGGCAAGAAAUCCAAGCUGGAAUUCUCUAUUUACCCAGCACCACAGAUUGCCACAGCUGUUGUGGAGCCUUACAACUCCAUUCUGACAACUCACACAACCUUGGAGCACUCUGACUGUGCCUUCAUGGUGGAUAAUGAGGCCAUCUAUGAUAUUUGCCGUCGUAACUUGGACAUUGAGAGACCCACUUACACCAACCUGAACAGACUGAUUGGUCAGAUUGUGUCGUCCAUCACUGCAUCGCUCCGUUUUGAUGGUGCCUUGAAUGUUGACUUGACAGAGUUUCAGACCAACUUAGUGCCAUACCCACGUAUUCACUUCCCUCUGGCCACCUAUGCUCCAGUGAUCUCUGCAGAGAAAGCCUAUCAUGAACAAUUGAGCGUUGCUGAAAUCACCAAUGCAUGCUUUGAGCCAGCCAAUCAGAUGGUGAAAUGUGACCCACGUCACGGCAAAUACAUGGCCUGCUGUCUUUUAUUCCGUGGUGAUGUGGUGCCCAAGGAUGUGAAUGCAGCCAUUGCAACAAUCAAGACGAAGAGAACCAUUCAGUUUGUAGACUGGUGUCCCACUGGAUUCAAGGUUGGAAUCAAUUACCAGCCCCCCACUGCUGUUCCUGGAGGAGAUCUGGCCCGAGUUCAACGCGCUGUGUGCAUGUUGAGUAACACCACAGCUAUUGCAGAGGCCUGGGCCCGUCUGGAUCACAAGUUUGAUCUGAUGUACGCCAAGCGUGCGUUUGUCCACUGGUAUGUAGGUGAGGGUAUGGAGGAAGGAGAGUUCUCUGAGGCUCGAGAAGAUUUGGCUGCAUUGGAGAAGGAUUAUGAAGAGGUUGGAGUAGAUUCAGCUGAUGACGAAGGGGAAGGGGAAGACGACGAGUAUUAGAAAUCUUCAUCUGAAGGCUUAGGUGAGGGAGGGGGGGGGGACAGGCACUGUGGAAGCAAAAUUACCUGGAUCGGCAUCUUCUUGUUUAACGAGACUCAUUGUUUUGAACGAAAACUCGGAUGUGGAUUUCCUUCGCCUUCACAUCGAAGUCAACUCCCAUUUCCCAGGACCUCCGCGAGAUAUUUAAUCCCUUUUAAUAACGGAUUGUAUUUAUUCUUGAAAGUUCGUUUAUUGAAACAACUUGUUACAUUCAUUAUAUAUUGGACAGAAGCGAUUUUGAAUUUAGCAUGACAGUUGCGAAGACGAUCUAAGGAAAGUCUUGGAGUUUGAAAAGUAUAUACAUAUGUUGCUAGCAAAGGUGUGUUAUGUUAAUAAAUUACCACCUAUUGCGCUUUUGUCGUUUCUUCUUAUGUUAGAUUAUGUUUAUAGGACUUAAAGAGAAUGAUGUAUUAAACACUACGCCUCUUCAGUUGGGUCUAUAAUACUAUACUGCAAGUGGCUUGCAGUUGU